CGAUUUUGAAUGUUUGCAAAAACUUUGAAUUUAGUUUCGAUUUUAAGCUACUUUUUUCUGAAAAACAUUAGUCAUUAAUAAUUGAAUUAAUUAUCCAUUUUUCACUGGUUUUGUGACCAAAAGUUUAGAUUUUGAGAUCAAUCGAGUCUUUAAAAUUUGCUUCAAUAUGUUUAGACUAAAAUUGAUCACAAAUAAGAUUAACACAACAAAACUCUUAGGAUUGGUAUCGGUUCCUAUAUUGACAACAACACUAAUUGUCAAUAAAUGUUAUGAGAAUCAGACAUUUCAGUCAAGACUUAGAUCACAUUUUGGUCUGCGAUGUGCUUUCAAUGACAAACAAAUCACAGAAGUUUACGAUAAGAUUAAUUGUGUGGUUAAAGUCAAGGGAUUUGAUUGCGGAAUUAAAACCGGUGUUAUUGUAGAUAAUCAGUUAAAUCUGAUUCUCACCGCUUAUCACACUGUAUUGGAUUGUUUUCAAUGUCCGAUUGAAUUAUUAGACAAAUACAAUGAAAGCGAUCUAAUAAAUCAUGCAAAUGCUGGUAAUAAUCAAAUUAGUAGUUUAGCCGCUGAUGUUGUCUAUACGGAUCCAAACCUCGAUUUAGCAAUUCUUAAAUUGAAUGGAAUUAAAAGCAAUGUUCUGAAAAAUGUUACAAUUGUUGAUCAGAACCUACAACAGGGAAGUCCUAUAAUUAUGAUCUACACGGAGAAUGUGAAGAAAAGUUUCUGCAAAGGAGUGUUGAGUACGCCAUCAAUGACGGAAUGCUUCUCUGAAGACCAUCAAAGACACUUCAAAACAUUUGCAGACAAUAAAAGAAAAAAUAUGCAAUUGUGGACAAACGGAUCAAAAGAUUUUUUUGAAGGACCCGUCUUUAAUAUAGAGUCAAAAAUGAUUGGUUUCGCUAAUCGUUAUAUCGAAGAUCACCAUCAGUUGGCCGUUAAUUCGAAAGAUGUGAAUGAGUUUAUCAGAAGAGCUAAAGAACACAUACAAAGAGGAAUACCAGAAGUACAACAAAGAAGAAGUUUCGGAAUUACAUUGAAAGACAAAACAGUGGUCAAUGUGUUGACACAGAAUCCACAAGGCUUUCUAGCAAAAGAUGAAAUUGUUAGUAUCGGAGGAGAUACAGAUGUAGUCAAAAAACUCAAAGAGUCGAUAAAAAACGGCAACGAAGUCAUUGCUGAAGUGACCAGAGAAGGACAAAAAGUCCAGUUAAAAGUCACGCCUCAACACCAAACUCAUUGGACAUCUAAUAUCUAAUCAUUUGUGUCCACUCUUUACUCUUUCCUAAACUUUUAUUUCAUUUU